UAUUAUGUAUUAAUUUCUUUUAUAUUUAUUAAUCCUAUUAUAAAAUAUUGCAUAUUUUGCAUAUUUAUUUUAGUAAGUCUUUGGGAAUGAAGCGUCGAAGAAUGUCAACUGAGUAUGAAAUGGAUCAUUCAUAUGCUAUGCCUAAUGUUAAUGACAAUUCUAAUGCUCUUCUGAAAAAAAUCCAAAAUGUGUAUGUCAACAGACUAUUAACUGAUAUUACUCUUGUGGUGGGAGGAGUGUCAUAUCCUGCACAUCGCUUUAUGUUGUGUAUAUCUAGCGAUGUAUUUGAGUCCAUGUUGAUGAAUUCUAAAAGGAGUGAUUCACACCAAAAUGUCAUUGAAUUACAAGAAGUUCCACUAUGUAUUGAAGUAUUUCCACUUUUUCUUCAAUAUUUUUAUACAGGUGAAAUAACACUUGAACAUAAUAAUAUUAUGCCAAUGUUGGUGUUAGCUGAUAAAUAUAAUGUCAAGGAUCUUACCGUACUCUGUGUUGAAUACAUGUGUGAGCAUAUAGCUGAUGCUGCUAAUCAGGGUCAAUUAGUAACUUGGUUUCAAUAUGUACUGUCAAUAAAUCAACCGAUGAUGGUUAAUGCCGCAUAUUUUUGUAAAAUUUGGCAAGAUACUGAAUGUAUAAAAGUCAAGCCACUAUGGAAUAAAUUAUUUAAAGCUUGCAGAAAUUUUAUAAAAUGGAAUAUUGACACAUGUGUAGAUUGUUUCAAUACAUUUCAAUGUGAUGUUCUUGUUGGACUAUUAAAACAGUCUGAUCUCGUUGUGCUUGAUGAAAUACAAUUAUUUAAAUAUGUAGUUUCUUGGUUAAAUUACCAGACUGCAAAAAAAUUGACUGAGUGUAACGAUUCUGAUACAGUAGAAGAGUACAGGAUAUCCUUAACAGAACAUGUUAUGUCUUAUAUUAGAUAUCCAAUGAUCCCUCCUCGAAUAAUAGCUCAAUUGUUAGUAGAACCUGUUCUUAAACAGAAUAUGAAUUUUUUUGUUGAAAAAAUGGCUGCAGCAAUGGAAUAUAAUAUGAUAAAAAAAGAAGAAAAACAAUCAAAUGCUAAAAAUUUAUUAGAAUGUACUCCAAGAUUGUACACUUGUCCCCGGUGGGGAGACGAAUUUAGUAUAUGUCAAAAAUCAAUUAAAGACUUUCUAUCAGUUAAAAAAGAAAUUACUACUAACAGCGAUUUGUUUGAACGAGACCAAGAAAAACCUGAUAGGACACAUUGGAAUGUAGAAUUGUUCUUGAAAGGAUUAUGGUUUGGUAAAGCAUUAUGGAUUUCUUGGAGUGAUUCUCUUGUAUUACCAGAGAUGAUAGUCAAAAUGGUGCGUGCAACAAUUGAGCUGAAAUUAAAAAAAGAUGAAAAAAUGAGAACAUUUUCAUAUUUAGUUCGUGUUGCUAUUCUAGUGUAUGCUCUCCAGAAUAAAAUUACUCAUGUUGUGUCAGUUGUACAGAAAGUUGUGUUGUUUAACAACGAACAAGUUAAAAUAACCAUUGAUGAUUUUAUGGUUUAUGAUGCAAUUAAUCGACCAAAAACUAACAUAAAUGACACAAAUGUUUCAUACAUUAUCUAUGAAUCAUUAAAGUUCCAUGUUAUAAUUACUCCUAUUGUACCUGGAUUAACUGAUACUCAUAUUGGUACCAGAAUACAACAUGUGCACUUUUAAAUAGUUUAAUAUAAGCAUUGUAAUUUAAGAUUUUAUU